UAUGUGUUCCUUCCCAGAACAUGGUUCCUCGUGUGGCACUGUUGGGUUCUGGGGGUGGCCAAAGGGCCUACAUCGGCUUCCUUGGUGUUAUGCGGCAGUUGGGAAAAGAAGAUCUCCUAGGAUGCAUGCAGUAUGUGGCCGGAGUCUCUGGAUCCACAAGGUGCAUGUCCUCAUUGUAUCAAGACCCACAGUGGACACAGCAUGCAGAGGAGGCUGCAAAUGCAGCACUGUUGAGCAUGUCUAACAAGAACAGUGUGUCAUUCCAUGAUGGCGUCCAGUGGUUCAAGCAGAGAUAUGCGGAAGGAGAUUUUUCCCUCUCUGAUGUGUGGGGGGUGCUUACUUGCAGAAUAAAGGGUGUAUCUCUGGAGCAGGAGUGUCGACCUCUAGACCAAGAGGGAAAUGGAGCCCGUCUGUACCCGCUCUACAGUGCAAUGGAAAAACAUUGCUUUCACAAGGAACAGCAAAAAGAAAUGUGGUCUGAGUUCAGCCCCCAUGAAGUUGGCUUCCUAGAGCCUGGAGCUUACGUGAAGACAUCAUUGCUGAAGAGGGACUUUGAGGGAGGGAUAAUGCAACCUGGUCAGCCUGUGCAGAGGAAGCCAAUGGACAUGGUUCAACUGCAAGGUUAUCUUUUGCUAUAA